GUGGCUGGUGGUCGCAGAGGCUGGGGCUCGCUCUCGGGGAGGCGGGGCAGAUCUCGCGGCACAGGCGGCGGCGGCCGAGGUGGGCUCCUCGCUGGAUCUUACUGCCGAAGUAGAGACGGGGUUUCACCAUGUUGACCAGGAUGGUCCCGAUCUGCUGACCUCGUGAUCCACCCGCCUCGGCCUCCCAAGAGAUGGGGUCUUGUUGUUGCCCAAGCUGAUCUUGAACUCCUGGCCUCAAGCGAUCCUCCCACCUUGGCUUCCAAAGUCCUGGGAUUACAGGUAGACUGUCUCGCUCUGUCACCUAGUCUGGAGUGCAAUAGAGUACACAGCUCACUGCAUCCUUCAACUCUUGGGCUCAAGUGAUCCUCCCACCUCAGCCUCCCUAGUAGCUGGGACUACAGACAGGAUCUCACUCUGUUACCCAGGCUGAAGUGCAGUGGUACGAUCAAGGCUGACUGCAGCCUCAACCUUCUGGGCUCAACAAUCCUCCUACCUCAAACCUCUUGAGUAACUGGGACCACAGGCAUGGACCACCAUGCCCAACUAAUUUUUCUUGGAGGGUGUAGGGGGAGAUAGAGAUGACAUCUAUGUUGUCUAGGCUGGUCUCAAACUCCCGGGCUUAGGCGCUCUUCCUGCCUCAGCCUCCCAAAGUGCUGAGAUUACAGGCAUAAGCCACAGCACACUGCCUAAAAUCUCCUUAGAAACAAAAAUUGCUAAUAAUUUUGGAUCACCCAAAGUAGGUGAGUAGCCAUUUACCUAUCCUUUCUUAAACACAUUAUCUAUCUCUUCCCCCUCCCUUCUCUCUGCAGGUUAUAAUUGUACUUUAAAGUCUCUGAUGCUUACCAUGAAAAAUUCUGGGAUUCAAACAGAUUUGCUAGCCACUAUGAAAUGGCCCCACCUUGUGUGCCUGAACAGUUGCUCCUGGGAGUCCUCAAAUAGAGGAGGUCAUUUGCUCUCCCAGGAAGGAGGAGUAUUCUCAGAUUUCACCUUGGUGGAGGAAGAGUUCAGGCUGCCAGAACUGGGCUAGCGCUUCCGAAUAUCCUGAGACAAGGUCCUGUGACUUCCCUGGGAAGCUCUGCGGUGCCCCCACCCCACCCCACCAGGCUGCUGGAGUCCUGGGACCCACCUGGGUCUUCGGCCCAAAUCCUUCCUUGCUAAGGACAGGGGUGUCCCACCCAGGGGCUGAGUGGGAAGGGGGGCUUGGGCGGGAUUGUGACAUAAGAUCACCCUGGUAACAUGGAGCAGAACUGGACCCAAUGCUAAUAAAGGUAGUGUAAAUAAAGGUGUCAUAAAGGAUGGGGCGGGGCACGUGCUUGUCAGGGACACCAGCCUCUAGGGUCUGCCAGAAUGGUUCCUGCUCAAUGCACAGAACCAGCGCUUCUCAUGUUUGGGCUAAGUCUCUGGGCCCUAUGGCCCCUCCUCACGUGGCUAAUAGUCCAGGAGGCUCAGCCUCUGGAGUGGGUCAAGGACCCGCUCCAGCUGACCUCUAACCCCCUGGGGCCGACUGAGCCCUGGUCUUCCCACCCCUCCAAUCUCCCAUGGGAAUCUCUCCAUGGGCUAAGUUCCCCGGCAGACCCGGGGGGCUUUGAUUACCUGGGGUCCUCUGCUUCCUCCCAGAGGUCAACCCCGCCCCAGGAAUUGGCUGAGAAUUUGGUCCAAUUUCUGGACCCAGCUAGAGAGCUGCCCCCGGAGCCUGAGUACUCUUGGCAAGAAAGGCUCCCAGAGGAUAUUCUGUAUCCCGGCAGCCUGCCUCCAGAACUCCAGGUGAACUUGGAUGACCCUCCAGGUCCUCCUGUGGAGCCUGAACUUUCCCCCAGUGAGCAGGAGCAGCCAGCUCAGCCUUCUGAAUCUUCUGGGGAGCCUGAACCUUCUCAGACCCAGGAGGAGACCCUAGCUCAGUCUCCAGAAGAGAUGGAACCUUCUGCAAUCCAAGAGGAAACCCCAACUGAGCCUCCAGGUCCUCCUGUGGAGCCUGAACUUCCCCCCAGUGAGCAGGAGCAGCCAGCUCAGCCUUCUGAGUCUUCCGGAGAGCUUGAAUCUUCUCCAGCCCAGCAGGAAGCCACAGUUCAGGCUCUAGAGCCCCCUAAGGAGGUAGAACCUUCAAGCCAGCAGAUGGUCCCAGCUCAGGUUCCAGAGACAUCUAAGGAGGUUGCAGCUCAACCUCCAGCUCAUGAGGUGACACUUCCACAUCCAGACCAUGUUCAGACUCAGCAUUCAAACCUGACUCAAACCACAGUUCAACCUUUGGAUCUGGAGCUUACCAUCACUCCUGAAUUUACUACAGAGGUUAUACCUUCCACAGCCCUGACGACUACAGCUUCUCCUCCAAAACACCCUGAGGUGACACUUCCACCUUCACCCAAGGGUCAGGCUCAGCAUUCAAACCUGACUCAACUCACAGUUCAACCUUUAGAUCUGGAGCUUACCAUUGCUCCUGAAUCCACUACAGAGGUUGAACCUUCCACAGCCCUGACAACUACAGCUCCUCCUCCAAAACAGCCUGAGGUGACACUUCCACCUUCAGACAAGGGUCAGAGUCAGCAUCAAAACCUGACUGAAGUCACAGGUCCACCUGCUGAACUAGAACCUACUCAGGAUUCACUGGUGCAGCCUGAAACUUACGCCCAAAAUAGGGCUUUAACUGCACGAAAAGAACAGGCCUCCACAAGCACCAACAUAUGUGACCUCUGUACCUGCAGAGAUGAGACGCUGUCAUGUAUUGCUCUCAGCCCGAAGCAGAGGCUCCGCCACGUGCCUGUGCCAGAGCCGAACACCUACUACGGCACCUUCACUAUCUUGAAUUUACAAGGAAACUAUAUUUCUUAUAUUGAUGGAAAGGUAUGGAAGGCAUACCAUUGGACCGAGAAACUAAUUCUCAGUGAAAAUUAUUUGACUGAAUUACGUAAGGAUUCAUUUGAAGGCCUGCUAUCCCUGCAGUAUUUAGAUUUAUCCUGCAAUAAAAUACAGUCUAUUGAAAGACAUACAUUUGAAUCACUACCAUUUUUACAGUCUAUAAAUCUUGGUUGCAAUUUACUCACAGAACUGAGCUUUGGAACAUUUCAGGCCUGGCAUGGAAUGCAGUUUUUACACAAUUUAAUUCUCAAUCGCAAUCCUCUGACAACUGUCGAAGAUCCAUAUUUGUUUAAAUUGCCAGCAUUAAAAUAUCUAGACGUGGGAAAAACACAAGUUCCACCUACAACUGUUAAGAACAUCCUCAUGAUGACUCUUGAAUUGGAAAAACUGAUCUUACCUAGCCAUAUGGCCUGCUGCCUCUGCCAAUUUAAAAAUAGCAUUGAGGUUGCCUGCAAGACAGUCAAGCUGCAUUGCAACAGUGCAUGUCUAACAAACACCAAAAAUUGUCUUGAAAAAGCAUCUAUAGUGAAUCCCGAAGGAGCGUUCAUGAAGGUGUUACAAGCCCGGAAGAAGCACACGAGCACUGAGCUGACUAUUGAGCCAGAGACACCCUCAGACAGCAAUGGCAUCAACUUGUCAGGCUUUGGGAGUGAGCAGCUAGACAUCAAUGAUGAAAGUGAUGUUAUCAGUGCACUAAAUUAUAUCUUGCCUUAUUUCUCGGCGGGAAAUCUAGACGAUGGGGAGGCAAUGUUGUUACCGUUCAUUAAACUGCUUUUUUCAGGUUCACAAGAUGGUGACAGGCCCCUGGGUAUUUUGAAAAACAAUAUAAAGAGCCUCUCUCUUCAACCUGCAUCCAACAACUCAACUUACAAAAAUAAAUUGAGAAAGCUGUAUUUUCUGGAAAAUGUGUUGGAUGCAAAAAUUCAAGAAAAAAUCGAUGAGGUUAAAAGGGAAGAAAAAACUGCCAUGCUUGUACAGUCCAGGCUUUUAGGUCCCAAAUUUAAAAGGCCAAUUUUUGGGACCAAAUUAGAAACUGCCCAACCACAGGAAAACAGCCUGGCAAAAAUUCAAAGUGUAGGGAAAAGCCUGGAGAGAGCAAACACAGUCCUCAUGGGCCCAGGGAGCAUCCAGAAAAGGCACUUCAAAGAGGUGGGAAAGCAGAGCAUCAGGAGGGAACAGAGUGCCCAGGCAUUUGUGGAAAACACUGCCAAAGGAAAAAGUCUUGGGAGUGCAGCCCCAAGGGAACUGGAACAGCCUCACCUGGUGCAGAGGCCCAAGAAGUUAGUGGGAAACACCAUCUACACCAAGCCUUUGUUGACCCAAGAGCAUAAGACAGGGGUCUCCUCUUUGCUGAAACCCUUCUCCAUGGGCAGGCCCUCCGCCUCCACAUCUGCAAAAGCCCAAUUUGAGAUCAAAAACAGUCUAAAGGCUCUGUUCUCUGCAGCAAAGAGCCUCAUAAAUUCCCCUUCAGAAGGGGCUUCUUCAUCUCAAGAAAAUUAUUUUCGAAAACUUUUUGCUCCUUCCAUUGAAACCGCUAUGCCAGAAGGCACCAUCUCUGAAGACACAACAUACAAUAAUCCUCCUGAGGCAGAUUCCACUGGAACUGCGUUCAACCUUGAGCCAACUGUUAAACAAAUCCGUGAAAUAAAAUGGGAAUACAAUGACUUGGGCACUGACCUGUUUCCCAAGCCCAAAAACAAUUACCCAUUGCUCUCAUCCCCAGGUGAUCAGUUUGAAAUGCAGCUAAACCAGCAGCUACGGUCCCUCAUCCCUGACAACAACGUGAGAGGGCUCAUAUCUCAUGUUAUCCGGACCUUGAAGAUGGACUGCUCUGAGACCCAAGUGCAAUUAGCCUGUGCUAAGCUCAUCUCCAGGACAGGCCUCCUGAUGAAGCUUCUCAGUGAACGGCAAGAAGUAAAGGCAUCCAAGGCAGAAUGGGAUACGGACCAGUGGAAAACCGAGAACUAUAUCAACGAGAACACGGAAGCCCAGAGUGAACAGAAAGAGCAGAGGUCAAGUGAGCACACUAAAGUUGUUCAGGAUAUGGCUUCAGCAACAUACUCAUCCUGGCAGUAUCUGUGACUGUAAUUGUAACAAUUAUAAUCAUCAUUUUCUGUCUCAUUCAGAGAACUCUCAGUGCCACACGCAUGAAAAACAUGGCACGGAAGUUGUAUGAUAAGGAGUCUGCCAGUGAGGACGAGAUCUUCAACAGGUACACUUGGGACAGCAAAGCCCCAGCAGAAACUCCAUCAGAGAACACCCCAACCGGAGAGUCCACUGCUGAGGGGGAGGACAGUGAGGCCCUGCUGUAGUGACCCCAGUCCACCUCAGGCCUUCUGACAAAUACUUGCAAGGCCAUCAGAAAGAAACAGUAGUGAAGCCAGUGGCCCAUGCAUCCACCAGAGGCAAGAGGCAGGGGAAGCACAGGGCCAUCUUGCCCUCCCUUGUUUCCCAGUCUAAUUAGUCACUCAGACCUGAAAACAUACCCUCAGGGGGUGGAGAUUUUACAAUUAAAUAUUUUUGUUCUUGGUGCCCUCUCCCUUGGUUCAUCAAGCACCAGUCAUAUAAUACAACAUACUUGACCUCCUGCCCACAGGGGACCUCCCCCACCUCCCGGCCCCUCUCAUAGGAUCACUGGGCCUACCUGCACUGUGGGGCCAAGCCCCGUCUUUUUCCCAAGCCCUCAAACCCAUGCAUGCAUGUUCAUCCAGACGUGGGAGGGGGCUUUUCACCCUUAUAAGAUGGUGGAAAAUUCACAUUGUUUUUUAGUUUUGUAGUUGUUGUUUUUCUUUUUAAAAAUCCCAAGCCUUGGAUAGCAGAGAGAUGCUAGAGGGGUAGGGUCAAAAACAGUGUGUGAGAGCAGUAAUUUCCCAAACUGCCCUCUGCAAGACUAUAUUUCAGAAAACAUGCUGGUGCGGCUACGUCUCCAUUCACAUGUACUCCCCUAGCCUCUCCCGAUCCCUCACUGAUGCACAUCCAUAGCUGCACUGUUCCAUACCAGCAGAAUACUGCAGAAGGCGCAAGGAUUCCUCCACUCCAUCUUCAAAGAAAAAGUCACUAAUAAGUCCCAUUUGGUAAGUUAGUGAACGUUAAACACAUUAGUGAGCAAAAGAAAAUCUGAAUGAACAAGAAUUGGUAAUCUACCUAACAGAACACAAGUGAAUGCUGGCAGUUCAGUAAUAGGAGGUAAAGAAUGGUGCCGACUGCAGAACAGCAGUAUGACUGCUCCCAGGAGCAGUAUGACUGAGAAGCAGCCCCACGUGCGUGCUGGUGGGGGUUCUAAGCAAAGCUAGUCGCCCAUCAGUUCCAAUGAGUUUGCUGAAGCCGGACAAAAGACACCUGUUCUCGGGCCAGGUGCGGUGGCUCAUGCCUGUAAUCCCAGCACUUUGGGAUCAUGAGGUCAGGAGGUUGAGACCAUCCUGGCUAACACAGUGAAACCCCAUCUCUAAUAAAAAUACAAAAAAUUAA